AGUUCACCCGCUACAGCAGAGAAGCACAGCUGAGAAAGGUAAUGAGGAAGUCUAUAUUUGAGCCAUUUUUAGUGUGUCAACACACUCACGUUGCUCCGUAUGAAAUGCUAAGGACGCUUUACUUCUUUCCAGUCGAUCAUAACGGGUUUUGUGUGCGUCUUUUUCAUUAAACCCCCACAAUGCUAGCUCGCUAACAGUUCGCCUCUUAUAAGUCAAUUUUUCUGGGACAUACACACCGGAAGUUAUUGUGGUGGUCACUUCAAAGUAAACGUGAACAUCAACAUAACAGUUCCAUUGUUUAUUUAGAGACAAACGGCCUGGGUAUUACGUCGCAUUCGUUCACACAUACAACAUCUUGCGUUCCAUCUCGAAUUGCUGGAAUUGCAGCUGUCGUAUUCAUUUGUAUUGCCAUUCAUCGCUGUGAGUUGGCAAAACGAACCGGAAAUUGGAACACCAUUUUUGCGUGAAAUAACUGUGCUCCGUCGAAACGCCUUUAACCGUCUUCCGUGUUUAUUAGAACGCGUCGGUGGCUUUUAAAUGACGGAGCAUUGGAAGCAGUUUUGGGAUUAGGACGCUUAGGUGACCCACGCAUAAAGUUAUUCCGAUUUACGGCGAAUUUAGAUGUACUUCAGGCGGCGCAGUCGUUCAGCUGGUAUGCCACUGUGAUGCAAAUGUUUUGGUGUGAAUGCUUUAUGGUCCCAGGUGGAGGUGCAGUAGCGGUCAGCAGUCACCUUGGUGAGGUUAAACUACACUGACAUAUUGAUCUUUAUUAUAUAUCGUUAUUGUAGUCCCAUUGUAAAAGCCAACAUGCUGUCUGACCUUGCGUCAAGGUUUUGACACAGUAUGCCAUACGGUUUAUGGAGAUGUAUUUCCCCUUUUUUUGACACAAUGGAAAUAUGUUUGUGUGUGUGUGUGUGUGUGUGUGUGUGUGUGUGUUUCAGUGCUGUGAUGCCAUGGCAGCCGCCAGUGUGACCAGACCUGCUGGCGUUCACUCCAUUGAAAAGUCUCAGUUAAUUCUAAAAGUGGUGUCGGCGAAACCGCAGUCUCCCAAGCUGCCGAGCCGUCACUCUCGGCUCAGCUCCUUUGUGGAGGUGACGGCAGAUGGCCUGUCCAGUGAAACCAAAAAGACAGGCAAACGUACAGGACACCUGGAGCUGCAGUGGAACGAAGACCUCACUCUGAACGUGACGCCUCAGAGUCGUCUGGAUCUGAAGCUGUGGAGCUGCCACACGCUGAGGAAAGAGUUGCUGGGGAGCGCGACCAUAGACUUGCUGGACACUUUGCACAUGCAUGAUGGCAAGAUGGAGAACGUCCAGCUGAGCCUGGCGCUGCAGACGGAGAACAAAGGCUUAGUUGUAGUGGGAGGCGAGCUCAACGUCUGUCUGGACGGCAUGGUUGUUGAUCUGGGAUCACUGCCCAAUGGCAGCACAGCAGCAGACAAAAUACUGCAGUCUGAUAGACCCAGCCUGAGGAGGACACAAAGUGAGGAGACACCCAGUGCUGCUGGAUCUCACACCCGUAGUAGGUACCCAGUGAGCGGUUCUCAGGGCAGCUCCCCACGGUGCUCCAGAGGGGUGUCUUUAACUCAUGAUGAAAUGAAUCCGGAGCAGCUUUCUGACCCAGGCUCCUCUGGUCGUCAUAGGUCAUCCACAAGCCAUGGCAGCCCUGGAAACAGUACAGAUAAAGUUGAAUUGACGUCCAACGGUCUGGAAACCAACCUGGUCCGUCACACGCCUCCUCCAUCCUCUCCAUCAGGCCGAUCCCAGGCGACCAACAGCAACACCCCCAGUCUAGACCAGCAGGAUGCCCAGGGUUCAGUAACCCCAGCAGAGCUUGGCCCGGCCGCCACUUUCAAUGCAGAGCAGGCCAGCAACAGCACCACAGACAACCACUCAGAGUCGCUCCCAGCUGGUUGGGAGCAGAGAGUAUUGCCUCAUGGCAGAGUUUACUACGUGGACCACAACACCAAGACCACAACGUGGGAGAGGCCGCUGCCACCAGGCUGGGAAAAGCGUUUGGACCAACGAGGCAGGUUCUACUACGUUGACCACAACACCAGAACCACCACAUGGCAGAGGCCCACUGCAGAGUCUGUGAGAAACUAUCAACAGUGGCAGAGCCAACGAAACCAGCUGCAGGGUGCCAUGCAUCAGUUCAGCCAGCGCUUCCUUUAUCAGCCGUCCGGUGCUCCGGUGGAAAACGACCCCCUGGGCCCGUUGCCUCCUGGAUGGGAGAAGCGACAGGAUAAUGGCAGAAUGUACUUUGUCAACCACAACACGCGAACCACGCAGUGGGACGACCCACGGACCCAAGGGAUGAUCAAGGAGCACCCCUUGCCCCCGGGCUGGGAGAUGAAGUACACCGCUGAGGGAGUCCGAUAUUUUGUGGACCACAACUCGCGCACUACCACCUUUAAAGACCCCCGACCUGGGUUUGAGUCCGGGUCCCGUCAGGGUGGUUCACCAGGCGCCUAUGAUCGCAGCUUCAGGUGGAAAUACCACCAGUUCCGUUUCCUGUGCCAUUCCAAUGCUUUGCCAAGUCACGUGAAGAUCUCGGUUUCCAGGCAGACGCUGUUUGAGGACUCCUUCCAGCAGAUCAUGAAUGUGAAGCCAUAUGACCUUCGCCGGAGACUCUACAUCAUCAUGAGGGGAGAAGAGGGACUUGACUAUGGCGGCAUCGCCAGGGAGUGGUUCUUCCUGCUGUCCCACGAGGUUUUGAACCCUAUGUACUGUCUGUUUGAGUAUGCUGGCAAGAACAACUACUGUCUGCAGAUCAACCCGGCCUCUUCCAUUAACCCUGACCAUCUCAUGUACUUUCGCUUCAUCGGACGUUUCAUCGCUAUGGCUCUUUACCACGGGAAGUUCAUCGACACAGGCUUCACACUUCCGUUCUACAAGCGAAUGCUGGACAAAAAACCCACACUCAAAGACUUGGAAUCCAUAGACCCUGAGUUUUACAACUCCAUCAUGUGGGUCAAAGAGAACAGCUUGGAGGAGUGCGGGGUGGAGCUGUAUUUUGCACAGGACAUGGAGAUCCUCGGGAAGGUGUCCACCCACCAGCUGAAGGAUGACGGAGAGAACAUACUUGUCACCGAGGAGAACAAGGAGGAGUACAUCAGUUUGCUGACAGACUGGAGGUUCACACGUGGAGUGGAGGAACAAACCAAAGCCUUCCUAGAUGGCUUCAACGAGGUGGUUCCUCUGGAGUGGCUACGCUACUUUGACGAGAAGGAGCUGGAGCUGAUGCUGUGCGGGAUGCAGGAGAUUGAUUUGGCUGACUGGCAGAAGAACACCAUCUACCGACAUUACACCAAGAACACCAAGCAGAUCCACUGGUUCUGGCAGGUGGUGAAGGAGAUGGACAAUGAGAAGAGAAUCCGUCUUCUUCAAUUUGUUACCGGAACCUGUCGUCUGCCUGUGGGAGGCUUCUCUGAACUUAUCGGAAGUAAUGGUCCUCAGAAGUUCUGCAUAGACAAAGUGGGGAAAGAAACUUGGCUUCCAAGAAGUCACACAUGCUUUAAUCGCUUGGAUCUGCCGCCUUACAGAAGCCUGGAGCAGCUGCGAGAGAAGCUCAUGUUUGCUAUCGAGGAGACUGAGGGAUUCGGACAGGAGUGACACUGCAUGCGCACACGCAAACUCAAAAGACACUUAUUGGACUACUCGGUAGCGUUUGUACUUUAUUAGCAUUUCUUCAAAACAUGCUACGAAGUCACCUAGCCCCUUCACCUUUAGUGCGAUACAGUAUGUCUCCAUGAGGAGCUGCGGGAUGGAGACCAUCAAUGCCAUAUAGUGUAUGCAUAUUCAUAGUUUAUGUUUUGUGGGUUCAGUUACAGUAUAUUUACAUACACUGACCAGCAGCUGCUCACAGUUGAAGUACAACGUAUAUAGCGAGACAGAUUAUGGGUGACAGGAAGUCAUUGCUAUUCAGGAGAGAGGCAGACUUCUCUUUCCCAAGCUGGAGAGGUAAUGUUGUGCUCUCACUUCUUUUUCUGUCAAUUGUCGAUCCUCUUGUACAUACGUCAAAUAAAUAAAUGACAUUUCAUUCUUGACAAAACAUAUUUCAUAGUGAGUGAUGGUGAAACUUGCACGCUUCAUUUCAUCCAGCAUACCCUGGCACAUUUGACAGAUAAAUCUAAACGCGCACACACAGUGGAAACGGCUCAAAUGCCGCCCCAAAAUGGCACCUGUAAACCAAAAUGGCUAAGUGAUGAGAUGUUUCAGUGGUGUGGUUGUGUAUGGUUAUGUAAUGUCAGAAAACUGCAAGUAAUUGAUAUUUCACCCAUAAAAAUCUGUAUUUUCAACACACGGCUCACUCAUGCCCCUCCAAACCUUCCUGCUAGCUUGACGUUGUUGUUCUCCUUCGGUUUUGGAUCAACAUUUGCAAUAAAAGUGACUGUUGUAAUGAUUAGAUUAGAUUGAAAUCCAGAACCCUUCCCUUCUCUCUUCAAUUGCCAUUGUUCACUCACGAAGACCAAAAUAUUCCUCACAGACUUAUGAAACACAUUUAAAGUAUAAAAUGUGUAGCGAUUCACCACUAAUGAAUGAUAAUGUAUGGAUAUUUUACCCGUAUUACCACAUAUUUAUAAAUUAUUAUAGACUUAGGGUGAAUGAGAUGUCUUUCCUGUGGAAAAAAAACAGCCUAUUUUCUAGUGUGGGGAUGGGUGAGGGUUUAUUACAGUUAAUAGGUUACAGACCCGACCGUGAUAAGUGAAUUUCCGCGAAGUAAGAUUCCUUAUUUAUAAAGGGAAUAUUUUGGUAGUAAUAGCAUAGAAAACCUGUUGACAACCUUCUAAAUAGAAUUUUUAACAUUGUUAGAGCCCUUUAGACAUGAAAUAACACCCCUAUAGUUAUCUUUACACUCAUUACCAAUAUAGUAGACAUAACAUAACAGAAAAUAAGUCAUUUAAUAGAUAAAUAAGACUUGUGACCCAUGUGUGUUGCUGGGAAACGUGUUCCAGUGCUAGGGGACAGGAAGUGACGUCAGGGGUUCAGAGUUUAAUUUCAGUUUGGCCGCAGCAAGAGCCCGUGUUAGGGAUUAUUGUGCCUGUUGUGAGAUCAUUCAAACCUGCAAUAAAAGCCUAUUCCGCCCGUAAAGUCUGGUGCUUGUGUGUC